ACCGCUCGGAGCCCCUCCUCCCACGCUCCGGCGCCCCAGCUGCCUAGGCUGUCGGGUCCCCUCCCACAGCCCCCAGAAGACUGCUUUGCGUUGCUCAGGGGCCGAGGGCGCGCGUGACUCUCGUACUCAAUGUGAAGGGUGUGCCUCCGCAGCCGAGGGCGUAGAAGUGGGGACGCUGCAUCCUCGGGGCCGCUGCACUCGCUUUCCCUUCGUUGUCGCGAACUCAGUCCGCCCGGGAGGCACCCCGUGACCGGUGCGAUGAGUGCCAACGAAGACCAGGAGAUGGAACUGGAGGCAUUGCGUUCCAUUUAUGAAGGAGAUGAAAGUUUCCGGGAAUUAAGUCCAGUUUCAUUUCAAUAUAGGAUAGGUGAAAACGGUGAUCCGAAAGCCUUUUUAAUAGAGAUUUCCUGGACAGAAACCUAUCCCCAGACCCCUCCAAUCAUAUCUAUGAACGCCUUUUUUAACAACACCAUAUCAUCAGCUGUAAAGCAGAGCAUCUUAGCCAAGUUACAGGAGGCAGUGGAAGUUAAUCUCGGGACUGCCAUGACGUACACGUUGUUCGAAUACGCCAAGGACAAUAAGGAGCAGUUCAUGGAGAAUCACCAUCCCAUUCAUUCUGCUACAUCCAUAAGCAAUAUCAUCUCAACUGAAGCUCCAAACACAGCCCCAUCCAGUAAGAAAAAAGACAAAAAAGAACAACUUUCAAAAGCCCAGAAACGUAAGCUAGCAGAUAAAACAGAUCACAAAGGAGAACUUCCUCGAGGAUGGAACUGGGUUGAUGUGGUGAAGGUAUAUAAUAUUUAUAAUCCAGUCUUCAAAAAAUUGUUACAAUCAUUGCCUUCUAAUAACAAAAUUUGUAUCUUCUAUUUUCUCCCCGUCAACCUUUGGAUUUUACGUGGAUGUCUGUUUCCUUUUUCACAUUCAGCAUUUAAGCAAAACUGGCUCUAAAGAUGAUGAAUAGUUCUUGGAAUUUGAGACGAGGGAAGCGCAUCCCUUAAAAAAUAAACGGGGUUCAGAAUCUUUCAUUACUCUUUUCUGGAAUUGAGGUGACUUUUUAUAAAACAAUUUUUUUGUAUGUUUCUUAUGUAAAAAGAAAUGUUUUAAGCUGAACGUUCAUGAAGAGAUCUGGUUGUGUUAAAUUAUUUUCACAAACUUGCCUUAAUAAAAGGUGAACAUUACUACUGUUUAGUAUGCUCUGGAAGCCAGUUGGGCUUUGUAAAUGGACACAUAUGAGCAAUUAUAAAUAAUGUGCUAAUUUAUAUAAUCUGAUUCUAGUGGAUGUGGUUUUUUUAAAGGAAUAUGAAGCCCUUUUCAGUGCUCAUCUCGAUGGAGGGAAUUCUGAGUGAGCAGUGAGUCCAGCAUGUGAUCCAUGUCAGUAGGCUUCUCGUCUUUUAAGUCCUCAUCUGUUCUUUCUCUUAAUGACUGAAGCAUAAAUUGCUUCAGAGAAAUUUAAAUACUAGAAUUUGAACUUUAUACAUACUAUUUGUAGUUCCUUUUUAUUUUUCAAGGGUGAACUGCUUUUUAAUAAAUGAGUAUUUGUUUAUCCAUUUCUCUUGGUUUGGGUCAUGACGUUUGAUCACAGAGCUUUCAUGGUAUGUGGAAGAGGAGAAAGAAAAAAACCCAAAUCUGCCAAAUACAUUAGAAAGCAUUUGAACAGAAGUGCUGUUUCCUAUUUAAAACAUUUCUCUUUGCUACAUAUACCAAGGUGGGGAUAAAAGAUGCCUUAAUAUUUAAUUUUUUAUGUUACUAGAGACAGUGGUUUUAAUAAAUUCCUAUUUAUCUGUCAUUGUAUAUUUUUAGUUGUUUGGUAACAGUUCUUCUAAACGUUUUAAUAGAAAAUCAUAUUUCAAGCCACGUUUGUUUUCGAGUAUCCAAAUAUAUGUCUCAGGAGUUCCCACUGUGGUGCGUGGAAACGAAUCUGACUAGGAACCAUGAGGUUUUGGGUUUGAUCCCUGGCCUUGCUCAGUGGGUUAAGGAUCUGGCGUUGCCAUGAGCUGUGGUGUAGGUCGAAGACUUGGCUAGGAUCUAGCAUUGCUGUGGCUGUGGUUUAGGCCGGCGGCUACAGCUCUGGUUAGAUCCCUAGCCUGGGAACCUCCAUAUGCCAUGUGUGUGGCCCAAAAAAAGCAAAAAAACAAAAACAAAUAUAUGUCUCAGCCCAAAUGGACAUAGAAGUCUUUUAAAUGCUGAAGCUAUAGUACAUGCUUAAUUAUUUUUUAAGUCAUUCAUAGAGGAAACUGUUAGUGUAGUGUUAUCAGGAAGUUAUUGAUGUGUAUGUGUGGUUUAUGGUGAUUCUGUAUGUGCUCCCAGCUUCAAAAACCCUUAGAACUACUGUUGUGGUGUCUGGAAGGGUCAGUUGUUGGUUCUUCAAAUUAUACCUGUGCAGCCUGGGUCUGAGUUUUUAAAGAAUAUUUAACUAAGAGGUUUCCUUAGCAAAAGGAAGUUUGAGUUGUAUCCUGGGUUUUUGCUAGGUUAACAUUGGCUUCAGUUAAAUCGUUUGAAUUAUAAAGUAAGUAUAAUUACGGUGAAGAACUUCAGUCUCAUUUUUAAAUGCUGAAUCCCAUUUUAUUUCUUGAAUUAAUGGUAGGUCAAAAUUCAGGACCCCUGGAAUAUGCCAGCUUUGGUUUGGGGGUUGUGUGUGUUUUUGUUAUGUUGAUUUGUUUGCCUGAUUUUUAACGGAACUGAAACCACUAGAUCUGCCAGUGGAGGAAAAUGCUUUGCUCUGAAGAUUCUGCAAUUGUUCAGGUGUAUCGUGGUUCAUAGAUUACAAAGAAUAAUGCUAGUUAAAUGCCAAUGAACUAUUUUUACUCUUUUUAUAUGAAAUGUACAAAAUUUGGGGGGUGAUGGUGGCAGUGGUGCCUCUUAUACUACCUGAUGUAAAACACUUGAACGUUCCCAUCAAUAUUGCCAUCAUCUGUUUAAUACUCCCAGUAUAUUUUCUCAAAGUCUGUUUACUUAAAAUUGUAUGGAAUGACAUAAUAAGCAAUAAAAUCUGAAUUACACACAGUGA